AUGUAUCACGGCUCAUAUUAUCCGCCAGAGCUUGCCGAGAUGAUUCAAGCUGGCGCUUAUCAAAUGAUGACCAGCCCACACCAUCCACAUCCUCACAAUCCACAUCAUCCACGUGGUAUGCCACCAACGUCGGCGGCUGCAGCUGCGGCCGCCGCUGCCGCUGCUGUUGCACAAUGGAACAACGGAUAUCCGAUGAUACAUCCGCUUGAAUUGCAUCAACUUAUCAGGGUAAGAUAAUGUGUGAAUUUUAGUGUUAGUAGGGAACAGAGUUCCGAAUUUCAAUUCAUUCCUAGUACAGUACUACCUAGUUCCUUGAUUGCGAUGCACUAGUACAUAAGGCAUUUAAGCAAGGCCUUGUUUAAAGGUACUGUUUAAACAGUACUUUCAAACAAGGCCUUGUUUAGAGACUUGUUUAAACAGUUCAUUUAAACAAGGCCUUGCCUAAAAGUACUGUUUAAUCAGUACAUUUAAACGAGACCUUGUUUUAAUGUCUAGGCCCUAAUUCAUUUAGACGCUACCUGUCUAGGCAUGAUGCGGAAUUAAACACGGAAAAUAUAGUACACUAGUACAGUACUAAAAAUUAUCUAGAGCUGUACUGUAUUCUUAUAAGGCAUGUUCCACCAAAAAAAUUUUUUUUUUGAAAAUUAGGUAUUCGGGCACGGGGAACAUUUUGGUGAGGUAUGCGAUCCGGAACAGACUUUUAAAGGCGCAUGCCAGGCUAUUACACAUUUUCCAAGAUAAUUUUUUCAAACUAUCAUAACUUUUUUAUUUUUGAAGCAUUUUUGAAAUUUCGACAACCAUUUCGGCGGUCUUGAGGUGGGCUACAUUUUUGUGUUGACACCAACUUUCCCACUUUGCUCCUAAGGGGUGUAAAAUGCAUUUUUAUUCGAAUUUUCAUCAAAAAUUGACAUUUUCUAGAGAAAAUACGAGUUUUUCACACCCUAGGAGCAAAGUGGGAAAGUUGGUGUCAACACAAAAAUGUAGCCCACCUCAAGACCGCCAAAAUGGUUGUCGAAAUUUCAAAAAUGCUUCAAAAAUAAAAAAGUUAUGAUAGUUGGAAAAAUUAUCUUGGAAAAUGUGUAAUAGCCUGGCAUGCGCCUUUAAAAGUCUGUUCCGGAUCGCAUACCUCACCAAAAUGUUCCCCGUGCCCGAAUACCUAAUUUUCAAAAAAAAAAUUUUUUUUGGUGGAACAUGCCUUAUAAGAAUACAGUACAGCUCUAGAUAAUUUUUAGUACUGUACUAGUGUACUAUAUUUUCCGUGUUUAAUUCCGCAUCAUGCCUAGACAGGUAGCGUCUAAAUGAAUUAGGGCCUAGACAUUCAAACAAGGCCUCGUUUAAAUGUACUGAUUAAACAGUACUUUUAGGCAAGGCCUUGUUUAAAUGAACUGUUUAAACAAGUCUCUAAACAAGGCCUUGUUUGAAAGUACUGUUUAAACAGUACCUUUAAACAAGGCCUUGCUCAAACGUUCAGUGCAGUAGGCUGUUUAGUACUAUUUCCUAGUACAUGUACUAUGCGGUACUAGUACUUGAGGCCUUAGAGUCGGAACCCUGGUAGGGAAAUGAAUGGGUUUGAAAGCUGUGAACGUGAAAAUUAUCCUAAGUUUUCUGAUUUGAACAAAAAUGUCGCUCAUAUGUUCGACAUUUUAAUUUUUAUCAACAUUUUUGACGAAUAAUCAAAUUUUUAUCAGUACUCUAAUUUUCCCGGUCCUGAAUUCAGAUGCCUUCCAAAGAUCUCCUCUUUCUCACAAAAAACCGCCACUCAUACAAAGAAAACAAAAAAGUAAGGAAAAUUUUUCAUCGAUUCUCUUUCUUCUCCUUUUUUCGCAUCCUUCCUGAAAAAAUAGUUCAAUUUAAGACACACACGUCAGUUUCGUCUUUUCCUUGACUGCAAUGCAGAAAAAAAAAACAGAAGAGGAAGAGAGAAUCGAGAGGCAUUUUUUAAUUUAUUUCUGUUCCAACAAGUUUUAGUUUGAGAAUCAUGUAGUUCUCUAGUUUUUUUGUUGUGAGAGAAAGGAGUUUCUGGAAUACUGUGGGGUUGCCUUGAAAUUACUAACAGAAAAAAAAUUAUCAAGAGAAACAUUGUGGGGCUUUUUAUAUCCGAAAUCAAUGAGUCGGUGUAUUUUUUGUGUCAUAAUCGCUAGAUUUCUUAUCCAAAGCUUCCUGCUGCCUAGAGGACUCCAUAAAAUCAAACAAAAAUUAAGAAAUAUCUCAAUUUAUGAUGAGAACAACCCAGUACAUUUCAAAAUCGACAAAAAUCCCAAUGACUCAUAAUUUCUGAAAAACAAACAUAACAAUUUUUGAAGCGGAAACUUUUCUCAUUAAAAGUAUAUUUUUAUUAGUCAAAUUUAGGCUAAUUCUUUUCGUACAUAGAUCUUCAAACUUGUAAACAAAUGUUACGAAAAACAUGAGCCUGUGAUUCACAUGGCCAAACUUCAAAUCUCUCCGGAUUUCCGAUUCCAAAUGUUUCUAAAUUUUUUGAAAAAAUUCAUGUUGAUAUUUUGAACCUUGUAGCGUUCUUAGCACUCAAAAAAAAACUCUCACCAAACAAAAAGGUGUCAUUUUCACUCUCCCAUCUCUCACCGUCCCACCAGAAAAUCCUUGCCAAAAAUAGCAAUUAUUAUUUAUAAUUUGGUAUAACAGCUGCACGACAUAUACCAACCAAAAAAAUCGAUAUCCAAUGACCCUCCCUUCUCUCUCUUUUCCACCACACAAAACACCCUUCUAAACACCAUAAAAAGACAGAAGAGAAGGAUGAACAUGGAUAAAGACAACGCUCUCAUUGUUAGUGUUAGUGGGCGGGACCUAGCACAUUUUUUGUGUGUGCGCUUGGUUUUUUUCUGUCAGUCAGUUCAUUUUUGUAUGAAUGGCAUAGCCAAAAAUUAUUUUUUUCAUUCAUUUUGUUGCAUCUUUUUUUGUGUGUUCGUUUUUUUCUGUCUUUUAUUAGUUGGGGCAAAAAAAUGAACACAACUUAUCAUUUUUUUUUCAUUAGCUGCUGAUAAGCGAGUUUUCUCAAUGAAAUGUUCUUGAUUUUUCAGCAAGGUAUGAUUGGCGCAAUUCCACAACAUCAAGAUAGUCCACCACAACUUCGCAAAUUGUUUAUUGGAGGAUUGAGUCAUGAAACUACAGAUGAACAGGUAAGCGAUAAGAAAAUACGUGGUAAAAGCUACAAGAUUUUCUAUUAACUCUUGUAAAAUAUUCUGAAAAUGUCUGUUAAGUUGGAAGGUUUCAAUUUUUUAUCGGAACAUUCAUAAUUUUAUGAAACUAUUAUUAUUGUUUCAUGAAAAAGUGAAAUUUCAAAAUAAUGAUAUUCUAGUCUAUACCAAACAGAAUUCAUAACAAACCCAUAUUUUUUGCAGCUCGGAAACUAUUACGCACAAUGGGGUCCAGUUGUUGAUGCAAUUGUUAUCCGCGACAACAACACCAAACAAUCUCGCGGUUUCGGAUUCGUCACUUUUGCAUCGAUUUUCAGCGCUGACGCUGCAAUGAAAGACAGACCACAUGUUCUUGGCGGCAAAACUGUUGAUUCAAAAAGAGCGAUUCCACGCGAACAAAUGUCGUCGAUGAUUCCACAACCAUUUUUCGAAUGCGAUCCAGCGCCAGGCUGCAAAUUGUUGCUGAGCGGCAUUAUUCCAGGAGUUCAUUCAGUUGAUGCUCUUCGCAUCUAUUUUGAGACUUUUGGAACUUUGGAUCAGGUAAGCAUAGAUCUUAUUGUCCCUUUGUGCUUUCUAACCCCUAUCUAUCCCCCUAUUUGUCUGUGAAUGCCGUUUUUCUAACCGUUGCUUUUCUUUACAGGUAGAGAUCGAAAAACCCGGUUUGUUACAGGUCGAAAUUCUCGGUCAUCCACGAGGUUUUGGUUUUGUAAUCUAUGAAGAGAAAGAGUCGGCAGACCGGUGUUUAUCGCAUAACAGCGGACGACACAUUGUAAAUGAGCGACGAAUCGAUGUGCGAGUAUUUGUCAAAAAUGCAAAUGGUAGCACAUAUUGGAAACGACCACAGCAGCAAAACAAUGCCACCAACAAUUUGUUUGAACAAUUGUCGCACAUGAAUUUGAAGGAUAGUGAUGGUAAAAGUGGCACCGAUACAACUGGAAAUAGCAGCACUGCUGCUGAAACACCGCAGAAUUUUGAUGAAGAAAGCAAUUAUGGAGGAACUACCACAGAGGUAAGGCUACAUAGAAAAAUGAAGGCUUUAGAAUUAGUAAAACGUUAGAAAAGGUCCUUUGUUUAGUUCUAUUUAAAAGUUCAGUAGAAUUUUUACUGGAAAAUAAUUCAAUUUUUUUGGAACAAUCCUUUAAAAUAUUUAUUCUGAAAAUCAAGUUUUUCAAAAUCAAGUUUGAUUUCCAGGACGACUGCAACGCAUUUGAUCAAGAAGAGCUUAGUGAUUCACCCAUUGAAACCGGUUCAACAACGCAAAGUUCAUAA